AUGCCUGUAAGCACGGCAGUCUGGAGUGAGACAGAGGGCGGCAAGGAGGAGAAGGAGAAGCAGGAGGCACCCGAGUCGCUGGGUGGACAGGGUUUGAGCUCCUUCUUCUCCCGAAGCCGGAAAUCGAAGCUGGCGGCGCGACUGAAUGUUUCUUGCAGCGGCGGUGUCAGCACCGAAGAUGCAGAUGCUGAGUCCAGCAGCAACGACAGAAUCUGGUUGAGCAUCCGCCCCUGGGUCUGCCUACAUGCGCUAGUGGCGAGUCAGCGUGCUUUUCCUGUGUGCGACCUCGCCUGUGAAGACUGGGAGCAGGAGGGUGCUUCAGAAAGAGCAGUCCUGGCGCACGAGCGGAGGCAGAGCAGUUCUGCUGCUGAUGCUUUUGCCUGGACGGCAGCACUGGUCGUGUCCCUGCCCCCUGAAUGCUUGGCCCGAGCGCUGGAGUUCAUCCACGGUGAUGUGAGCACUGUGUUCGCCCCCGUCUCUCGGACAUUCCCUCGCCCAGGGCAAACGACACAAGAAGCCAAAGCAAAUCAGAGGAACUGGCAAUGCUGCAGGUACCUGCUCUCACAGCGUUCAUGCUUACACGGCCGAGUUCUUCAGUCGGGACGCGGGCGUUCCCUUUCCGUCGCCUGUUGGUAUUGUAUCAGCAGUUUUCCCCACUCUGCGGAAGGCGUUGAGCAACUCAAGGCACACGCUGAGGCUGCCCACGCCUCUGAAAUCCUCGCAUACAUCCGUAAGGCCCGGAAGGUCAAGGCAAGGAAACAGCGGGAGCGGUAUCAGUCUGGUCCUGUGGGCCAGGCAAGGAGGGACGUGGAGUUGCAGAAGCAGCUUAAGUUGCGAUGA